GCGUCGGGUGGUCACGUGGUCGUCCCGAGCUGGCGGGAGGAGUUGGGAGAGCUUUACUGCAGCGACCGUCAGACACUCCAGUGACCGUGGGGAUCAGCGUAGGUGAGCUGCGGCCUUUUUCGGGGUGCCGCUGCCACAGCUACCUGCGUUCGUUACGAGGAUUGAACGUCUCCACCCGUAAGUGUGAAAGAGGUGGCAGGAGGUGGGUGGGCAGGGGCGCAAAGCGCACGGCCCCUAGAAGACUCGCCUUCGCUCCUGCCAGCCGCUGAAGCAGCGUCCUCCUCUGACAGCUGCGGGGCCACGGCAGGGUAUUCUGUGCUUCACCGUCUACACAAUGAAUCCCAGUAUGAAGCAGAAACAAGAAGAAAUCAAAGAGAAUAUUAAGAAUAGUUCUGUCCCGAGAAGGACUCUGAAGAUGAUUCAGCCUUCAGCAUCUGGAUCUCUUGUUGGAAGAGAAAAUGAGUUGUCCACAGGCUUGUCCAAAAGGAAACAUCGGAAUGAUCAGUUAACAUCUGCAACUUCCAGCCCUGGGGUUAUUGUCCCAGAAUCUAGUGAAAAUAAAAGUCUUGGAGGAAUCACCCAGGAGUCAUUUGAUCUUAUGAUUAAAGAAAAUCCAUCUUCUCAAUAUUGGAAAGAAGUGGCAGAAAAACGGAGGAAGGCGCUGUAUGAAGCACUUAAGGAAAAUGAAAAACUUCAUAAAGAAAUUGAACAAAAGGACAAUGAAAUCGCCCGCCUGAAAAAGGAGAAUAAAGAGUUGGCAGAAGUAGCAGAACAUGUACAGUAUAUGGCAGAGCUAAUAGAGAGACUAAAUGGUGAACCUCUGGAUAACUUGGAAUCACUGGAUAGUCAGGAAUUUGAUUCUGAAGAAGAAACUGGUGAGGAUUCUGAAGUGGAAGACUCAGAAAUUGGCACUUGUGCUGAAGAAAUUGUAUCUUCCUCUACAGAUGCAAAGCCAUGUAUAUGAAAUGCAUUAAUAUUUGACUGUUGAGAAUUUUACUGCCAAAGUUUACCUCCACUAGUUCUUUGUAGCAGAGUACGUAACUACCUAAUGCCAACUCUGAAAUCAAGCUUCCUUGUUUGAAUCCUGGGACCCUAUUGUAUUAAAGUACAAAUACUAUGUAUUUUUAAUCUACAAUGCUUUAUGUAAAUAGGAUUUUCUCAGUUGUCAGACAUGACUUAUGCAUAUGACUAAAUAAACUUUAAACUCCUAUUGAACAUUGUGUACAACUUAGAAAAAUAUAAGGAGUCUGUGUAGA